AUGUGUAUCUAUUUGAAAUUAGCUACUUUGUGUCUACACUUGCAAACUUGUACGAAUUCAUCGGCCUUUCUCGGCUAUUUUUCUGUGUCAAAGAAACUCUUUGAACCUCCAAUUUCUUCUUGUCUCUUUUCUUUCUUUUUACCCUCUCUCUUUUCUCUCUUUUUAUCCUCUCCAUCUCUUUUCUCUCUUUUUAUCCUCUCGAUCACUCUUUUCCCAUUUCUCUCUCGAUCACUCUUUUCCCAUUUCUCUCUCGAUCACUCUUUUCCCAUUUCUCUCUCGAUCACUCUUUUCCCAUUUCUCUCUCGAUCACUCUUUUCCCAUUUCUCUCUCGAUCACUCUUUUCCCAUUUCUCUCUCGAUCACUCUUUUCCCAUUUCUCUCUCGAUCACUCUUUUCCCAUUUCUCUCUCGAUCCCUUUUUCCCAUUUCUCUCUCGAUCCUCUUUUCCAUUUCUCUCUCGAUCCUCUUUUCCCAUUUUUCUCUCUCGAUCACUCCUUUUCCCAUUCUCUCUUUCCUCCUCUCUUUCCCAUUUCUCUCUUUCUCUCUCUCUCUUUCUCUCUCUCUCUUCCUCUCUCUCUCUUUCCUCUCUCUCUCCUCUUUCUCUCUCUCUUUCUCUCUCUCUCUCUCUCUCUCUCUCUCUCUCUCUCUCUCUCCUCUCUCUCUCCGAUUUCUCUCUCUCUCUCCGAUUUUUCUCUCUCUUUCCUAUUUCUCUCUCUCUCUUUCCUAUUUCUCUCUCUCUCUUUCCUAUUUCUCUCUCUCUCUUUCCUAUUUCUCUCUAUUAUUGCCUGUCGGCAAAUCGUCUGAGGUUGUAUAAGUGUCUCCCCCCCCUCAUCCUUCCUUUUCCGUGUUUCUCCCUCUCUCUCAUCCUUCCUUUUCCGUGUUUCUCCCUCUUUCUCAUCCUUCCUUUUCCGUGUCUCUCCCUCUCUCUCAUCCUUCCUUUUCCGUGUUUCUCCCUCUCUCUCAUCCUUCCUUUUCCGUGUUUCUCCCUCUCUCUCAUCCUUCCUUUUCUGUCUCUCUCUCUCUCUCUCUCUCAUAUCCUUCCUUUUCUGUCUCUCUCUCUCUCAUAUCCUUCCUUUUCUGUCUCUCUCUCUCUCAUAUCCUUCCUUUUCUGUCUCUCUCUCUCUCAUAUCCUUCCUUUUCUGUCUCUCUCUCUCUCUCUCUCAUAUCCUUCCUUUUCUGUCUCUCUCUCUCUCUCUCAUCCUUCCUUUUCUGUCUCUCUCUCUCUCUCUCUCUCUCAUCCUUCCUUUUCUGUGUUUCUUUUGUCAUUCUAA